GCUCUAUCAGUUCUGCAAGAUGACCUUGGAGAUCCUCAAGAGCUCCCUGGAGCACAUCGCCAAGGAUCGCCACAAGACCGACGAGCGCCGCGUGGUAGCCUCGGGGCUGCUCGUGGCGCACAAGUCACUGGCCGACAUCGCCUACACCGGGGUCAUCAUGUUCUUAGUCGUCUGCUGCGCGCAAGCCGGGUGGUCGUUGUACCUCCUGACCUUCACGAACCCGGAGGAGAACUGGGCGGACUACAACAGCCAAAUGG